AUGGCACGCGUAGUCCCAAUCACGCACGGCGGCCAGAAGCUGCUGAGCUCAGUAGCGGCCUUAAACGGCCGUGUCUUUGACACCGAUCCCGUCAUUGCCUAUAUGCUUCUAGGUCUCUCUCGGAAAGAAAGACUAGCUUAUUUGCCGACAUACUGGGCAACAUUAAUCAAGUCCGCUUUGCUGAACCACGCUCUGAUCACUGAGGCAGACGGUUUCAAGGCGGCUUCAGUACUGAUUCCCCCGGGUCAAUACCUUGAUAAUGCUUGGACUCUGCUUUGCGCCGGCUUCUUGGGCGUGUUGUGGAGGAUUGGAUUUCCAGGCUUUAAGCGUCUUUGGAAUGAAUUCUCCGGUAUGACUGACAACGCAAAGAGAAAAGGUCUGCAUGGACAAAAGCGUUACUACUACGUCUUCAGCAUCGGAACCGAACACGAACACCGCGGAAAAGGUCUGGCAAAAGCUAUCAUGAGAGAUCAUCAACGAACAGCUCAAGCUGAGAAUCUUCCAAUCUGGCUCGAGGCAACAACCCCAGGCUCGCGCAGUCUGUACCUUUCAAUGGGCUUCGAAGAGAUCGAGGAGAUUGUGCUCGGAAAGGGCAAGGUCGCAGCUGAUGCGAGUGUUCAGCCUGGUGGGCCGGGAAUUCCAUUGUGGGCGAUGGUGUGGUGGCCUCAGUUUACUCCUACUUCAACUUCUACUUCAACUUCUUCUAAUACUCCGACUCCGACUCCCACCCCUGGCUACUAA